AUCUAGUGGAUUCGAACACUUUUGCUUCCUCUUUGUUUACAUUCCCAAGAAAUGAAAUAUCUACAAUAAAUGAAUAAAUAAACAUUUGCUGACCUAAACGGUGUUAUCGCUGAACCAUAAUAUCUUGUUGAAAUAUUAUUUCCAUUGGAUGAGUAGACUCGAAUGGUGUUGGAACGAAAAUGGGACCUAUCACUAAACUAUUUAUAACAAUUAUUCUCUUUUUCGCUGCGGCUUCAGCUUCGAAGGUUCCAAAAGAUCCUCCAAUUUGGAGCCAAACUUACGCAGUGAAAGGGGUCCUUCACAUUCCCUAUGCUGAAAUAGACGAACCAUUUUACGGUUGGUAUGAUGGUCCUUCAAAACAGUCCCGAAUUGAUUACUACGGAGAUAUGGUAAAAACCUACCAGUUGGGAUCCGAAGGUUAUGGUACAAGUUUGAAAAUAGCACCCAUUACCACCGAGAAUGAAAUAAAUGUUAGAACUUGUCUGGAGGUCAACGGAACUGAGGAAAAUAAAAUUGAACCCCAGUCGAUUUUACCUUCCUUAGAAGGGUUUGAGUGUGUAGGGGAGGAAACAAUUGAUGGAGUUGAAACCGAAAAAUGGACCCUUACCCAAACGAUAGGACAAAAAGUGAAUAAGUACACAAUGUGGAUUGUGUAUAAACCUAAUCCAGAUAAUUAUACCUCUAAAAUUGCUGUUCCACUAAGGUACGAAAUGAGGGGAUUCAAUUCCUUGCUUGGCAGUCAUUAUGACCAUUACUAUUUGGAAUAUGAUCUCUAUGAUAUCAGUGACAUUGCUCCAUCAACAUUCCGCAUUGACUCUAGUAAGCCAAAUUUUUGUUACGCACAAGAAGUAUAUUUCCAUCAUCAGUUUUCAAGAAAAAGAUACAGUUUAACUGUCAACCAUCUUGCUGACAAGACUGAAACUGAACUCAAGUCUCUUCGGGGCAAAAAAUAUAGUGGGGAAUACAACGGCGGAAAACCUUUUCCCUACAAGACGAUAAAUACAAAAUCCCUCCCAAGCCAAUUCGACUGGAGAAUAUUUGGAGCUGUUACUCCAGUUAAAGAUCAAUCAGUUUGUGGUUCCUGCUGGUCUUUCGGUACCGUCGGAGCGAUAGAGGGAGCAUAUUUCCUGAAGAAUGGGGGUAAUCUAGUGCGUUUGUCACAACAAGCAUUGAUUGAUUGUUCAUGGGGUUUUGGAAAUAAUGGAUGCGAUGGUGGUGAAGAUUUCAGGGCUUACAAAUGGAUGCUGAAACAUGGAGGAAUUCCAACUGAAGAAGACUAUGGACCAUACUUGGGGCAGGAUGGAUACUGCCAUGCCGAUAAGGUUUCUAAAGUAGCCAAAAUCACCGGUUGGGUGAAUGUAACGACUAAUAACGAAAAUGCCUUGAGACUGGCCCUAGUUAAUCACGGCCCGAUAAGUGUUGCCAUAGAUGCUAGUCAUAGAACCUUCAGUUUUUACUCCAAUGGAGUGUACUAUGAUAAGGAAUGGUGGUUCACCAACAUUCUUUUUAUAAUAAACGGAAAAGACUAUUGGCUAAUAAAAAAUAGUUGGUCGAAUUAUUGGGGAAACGACGGAUACGUCCUUAUGGCAGCCAAGGAUAACAAUUGUGGAGUUAUGACCACUCCUACUUAUGUUACCAUGUAAUCAGUGAUAUUUUUUCAAUUUUAAUUUGUUGGCAAUAGAUAUAGUAAUAUUGAAAAAUAUAAAUGUUUAUUCUCACAUAAGGAAUAAAUUAAUUAAAA